AUGGCAACACCAGCAAGCUCGGCAGGCUCUAGGGCCACGACUGGAAGCUCCGCUUCUGGUCCCACGAGCAACCAGGCCACAGUACUGGCCGCACAGGCCAGCGAGAUCCAACAGCUCAAGGAGCAGAUGGCGGAACUCAUAGGCCAACUCCAGGUUCAGGCAGCCGGGGCGGUCGCCACGAACAUAGCUCCAAAGAUACAGUUCAAAGUACCCGAACUGUUUAACGGGGACAAGGAAAAACUCAAACCUUUCCUCACAAAUAUGGACCUAUACUGCAGGUACAACAAACAGACACUGGCCACGGAUCAAGACAAGAUCCUAGCAGCAGGCAUGCACAUGACCAGAAGGGCAGCCAAAUGGAUGCAACCACUAACGGACGACUACUUAAAAAACGAAAACACAAUCGCCAAAUGUGGAACAGAAACGAAGAAGACAUUCAAGGACUAGGAGACCUUCCAGGAACAAAUGCAGGUCAUGUUUAGAGAAGUGGAUGAGAAACAACAGGCUGAGCGACAAAUCCAGCGCCUCAGGCAAACCAAGUCGGCAAGUACCUACUCAGCGGAAUUCCAACAACUCCAGGC